AUGGCGGCUAAUGUUUCUGCUGGAAACAUUCAUCAUCUCUAUCUUGCCGGGAAGGUUUACAAGAGAGGACAAGCUUACCGGCAAGAUUCAUGGAGCUCCGGGCUCACUUUCAGAGCCAAUCCAUUCAAAAACCUCUCUUGGUCAAGUGGCGUAUCUAAGCCUAUAAAGCCCGAGAGAUGUGGUUGUUACUCUCGUGGCGUUUCCGCCAUCAAAGAGAGCUCAAGGUCAAAGAUUUGUACAAGUACUAUCAGGGCGUCUUCGACAAAGUAUUACGAUUUCACUGUGAUCGGCAGUGGAGUGGCGGGUCUGCGUUAUGCUCUAGAAGUUGCAAAGCAAGGGACAGUGGCAGUGAUCACCAAAGACGAGCCUCACGAGAGUAACACAAACUAUGCUCAAGGUGGUGUUAGUGCUGUCUUAUGCCCUUUGGACUCUGUUGAAAGUCAUAUGCAGGACACUAUGGUCGCUGGUGCUCAUCUUUGUGAUGAAGAAACCGUUAGAAUUGUGUGCACAGAAGGGCCUGAGAGGAUUCGGGAGCUGAUUGCGAUGGGAGCAUCGUUUGAUCACGGCGAGGAUGGGAACUUGCAUUUGGCGAGAGAAGGUGGUCACUCGCAUCGUAGGAUCGUUCACGCAGCUGAUAUGACAGGGAGAGAGAUUGAGAGAGCUUUGCUUGAAGCUGUACUUAACGAUCCCAACAUAUCUGUCUUCAAACACCAUUUUGCAAUCGAUCUUCUCACUUCUCAGGAUGGUUUGAACACGGUUUGUCAUGGUGUCGACACUUUGAAUAUCAAAACAGACGAGGUGGUACGUUUUACAUCGAAGGUGACAUUGCUUGCUUCAGGUGGAGCUGGCCAUAUCUAUCCAUCAACCACAAAUCCUCUGGUGGCUACUGGAGAUGGGAUGGCUAUGGCUCAUCGAGCUCAAGCUGUGAUCUCAAAUAUGGAAUUUGUGCAGUUUCAUCCAACUGCCUUAGCCGACGAAGGUCUUCCCAUCAAACCACAAGUCGCUAGAGAAAACGCGUUCCUCAUCACCGAGGCUGUGAGAGGCGACGGUGGCAUUCUCUACAACCUAGGAAUGGAGCGGUUCAUGCCUGCUUACGAUGAACGAGCCGAGCUAGCUCCAAGAGAUGUGGUUGCAAGAAGCAUUGAUGACCAGCUCAAGCAACGGAACGAGAAGUAUGUGUUACUUGACAUAAGCCAUAAGCCUAGAGAUAAGAUCCUUGCCCAUUUCCCAAACAUAGCUUCCGAAUGCCUUAAACACGGUCUGGACAUCACCCGACAGCCUAUCCCGGUCGUGCCUGCAGCGCAUUACAUGUGUGGAGGAGUUCGUGCUGGUUUACAAGGCGAGACCAAUGUCCUUGGCUUGUUUGUAGCAGGUGAAGUAGCGUGCACUGGUCUUCACGGAGCAAACCGGCUUGCUAGUAACUCGCUUUUAGAAGCUCUGGUUUUCGCUAGACGCGCUGUUCAGCCUUCGAGUGAGCUCAUGAAACGCACGAGACUUGAUCUAAGCGCAUCAGAGAAAUGGACGAGGCCUGUUGUUGCGACUGGUAGGUCUCUAGGCGACGAAGUGAUAUCAAAGAUUCUUGCUCUGACUAGAGAAGUGAGAAGAGAGCUUCAGGGAGUGAUGUGGAAGUAUGUUGGCAUCGUCAGAUCGACCACUCGGCUCAAUACCGCUGAGAGGAAAAUUGCAGAGCUUGAAGCGAAGUGGGAAACGUUUUUGUUUGAACAUGGAUGGGAACAGACGGUGGUAGCUCUUGAAGCUUGUGAGAUGAGAAACCUGUUCUGCUGCGCUAAGCUUGUUGUGAGCAGCGCUUUAGCAAGGCACGAGAGCCGUGGUCUUCAUUACAUGACAGACUUUCCUCAUGUGGAAGAAAGCAAGCGGAUUCCGACAAUUAUCCUCCCGUCUUCUCCUUCAACAGCUAGCUGGAGCUCGAGGCGGUUGCAGAAUAUAAGCAGCAGCUCACUUGUUGAUUGUUAA